AUGGUACUAAGAUGUUCCGAUGCUGGAAAUAACGAAUACUAUGACGAAGGACACAGGAACAGAUGUCUCCGAAGCAGGAGAUCAACAGGACCUAGUAAACACACAAGGAGCACAAGCGAACACCCAAGAGUCUGUGAGGAGAGCAAACUUCCCACUGCCUCCAUCAUUUACAGAAGAAACGACAACGGUCUGACCAGCAAGGCACUUGUUGAUGAGAUAGAUAUGCUGCCUAGGACCCAUUCCGACUUCGCCCCUUCUACAAAGUCGUCGGUCUCUUCGGCACAGGCAAGACAACCAAAUCCUUCCUGGGAUCUUGAUACUAAGGCCACGGGUAUUCAGAGUGACCCUAGUUUGGACCGAGCCGGAUGGGCAAUGGCUUGGCAGUGCAGAGCAAUGGCUGAGUUCGAUCACCAACUGUCAGAUGCAGACUGCUCCAGAUGCAAAUGCAUUCCGAAUCAGCCGACAGAGACCAGUCUACUUAACUAUAGACCAAGAGAAGAGGCUUCCCUUUCUGGAGCACGAGCAAAAAGUUGCGAGGCGCCAAACAACAAUUUCAAUAAAACCAGUGCAAAGGUAUGA